AGUGAUGGGUGCGGUUUAUUGGUUGAUAGCUGAGGCCUGUGUGCGUGUGCAUUCUGAGGAAACACAUUUGUGCAGAAACCGAAAGUAAUGAUGUGUAAGUAAAGGAAAUGAAAAUUCGCCUUCAGAAGUUUUGAAACAGACAUAAAUAUCACAUUACCGUCUGAAGUCAGUUUCUCAUUAUGGAGAGGAGGAAGAGAAAAUCUACACCUACAAAACACAGCUGUGUGUCUCUGAAGAGUGACAGAUUCAUGUCCGAUCCUCCUAAAUUCAGUGUUAAAUCAGUGACCUCUGACCCCAGUGUGGAUCAUUGUGGAGAGUUCAGAAGUACAGCAGGACUACACAAAUAUGCCUGUGAUCUCACACUGGAUCCAAACACAGCAAACUCUUAUCUCAUUCUGUCUGAUGAGAACAGGAAGGUGAUGUGUGUGUUAAAGAAUCAGUCGUAUCCUGAUCAUCCAGAGAGAUUUGAGAAGUGGUGUCAGGUUCUGUCUGGAGAGAGUCUGCCUGGACUCUGUUACUGGGAGGCUGAAUGGAGUGGACAUGCUGAAAUAUCAGUGACAUAUAAAGGAAUCAGCAGGAAAGGAUGGAGUGAAGACUGUGUGUUUGGAUUCAAUGCCAAAUCCUGGAGUCUGAACUGCACUGAUAACGGAUUCUCUGUCUGUCACAAUAAGAACUUCACUAAGAUACCUGCGAUCUGUUCGUCCUCUAAGAGAGUAGGAGUGUAUGUGGACGUGUCGGCCGGCACUCUGUCCUUCUACAGCGUCUCUGACACACACACACUCACACACUUACACACAUUCAACACCACAUUCACUGAAUCCCUCUAUGCUGGAUUUGGUGUUUAUGACUGUAACUCCUCAGUGUGUCUGUGUGACAUUAAACAACCUCCUGUGAGAAUCAACAGUGAUACACACACAACCGGGUUCUCUGACUCCAAACCUUCUGGCCUCAAUAUUCACCCACUGCUGAACUGUCAGUCUUGUGUCCAUAUAGCUGAUUCUGAUCAGUGGGUUCAGAUUGAGCCGUUGGCCUGUACAAAUGAAGGAGGGUCAAAGUUCAGGGUCAGCACUGACCCAGGCCGUUACGAGUGUGUCAGGACCAGAAUGCGAUGGGUCUGUGACUAUGAAGUCACUCUUCAGUACUGCACCGUAGACGGACACUUCCUCAACGCAGAGCUGGAGAGGCUGCAGUGCAACCGGAUCGGUCCAGUGAUUGACGUGACGGUGAUCUCAGGGAAACUGGAGGAAGUUCAUCUGCCCCAUUACGCCUGUUUAGGAGAGUCUGACCCCUCUCUCAAAGAUGCUGUGAAAGUCCUCAGCAUAAAAGACGAGGGAAUAACCACAGAACCUGUGCAGUUGACCCGAUUCCAUGCCAAGAUUGUCCAACCAUCCUUCUCUCUUAAAACAUUAAUUAUAAGUUGGAUAAUGCAAGUGGACGAACACUGCGAUCUUCUUCUCUACAUGUGUUCUAAAGUUCCUCUCAUUCUACAUGUCUACUUUUUUCCAGUUGAUGACUGUGCGAAAGAAAAAGUUGAGAAGAAUGAAAAGUCAAGUUACCCAAUCAAGCAUCCCAGACCUGACAGACCAUUUCGGAUGAAAACGCCACACAUUCUUGACGUUCCUGGUGCCUUGACUAUCCAUCCCAAAGAAGGGAUCACACUCAGAAGAGAAACUGACCCAAACUUCUUCAAGGUCAAGACACGUCUGGAGAAUGAUUUUGAAAUGACUCUUAUCAGAGAAGAAGAUCAGAAGACUGUCUGGACUGCAAUAAUUGAAAAAGAUGAACUUGAUCUGAUAAAUCCUAAGAGAUCCGAGCAACGUCUAAAUAGUGAGGCAGGUAAAGUAAAUUUAUUUGAUAAACACUUCCCAGAUCUCAUUGAGGGGGUUAAAAAUGUCCAGAUCAUUGCAGAUAAGCUGCAUCAGCAGAACCUAAUUCAUGAGGAACAAUAUUCAGAAAUCAAUCAUGAAAGUUUAACCAGUUAGGACAGCAUGAUUAUACGCAAGCACAGAGAUGCUGUGAAAGCUAAAUCUUGAUGACUGGCUCAUACUAGCACAGUCCUGGGAUCAGUUAUUCGAACACAGGGACCUGGUGCUCAGUCACCUCAGCUAGUUGGGUCUUUGGGUCAACUGGGAAAAGAGCAAACUCUUGCCAGUGCAGAGGAUCUCUUUUCUCGGUAUGGAGUUGGACUCAGUCGAACGGACAGCACGUCUCACAUAGGUACAUGCCCGGUCGGUGCUGAACUGCUUGAACAUGUUCAAAGUCAGGAUGGCGAUCCCACUGAAACUUUUUCAAAGGCUCUUGGGGCAUAUGGCAGCCACAGCAGCAGUAACACUGCUUCAUAUGAGACUGCUUCAGCACUUCAGCAUUGAGAUAGUUGAGGAUGUGAACCCCACGCUCUCUCAUGGGAGCAAGGGCCGCCUCUGUGACUUUCGUGAAGACAUUGGGGUCCCGAGAUAGGCAUGGCAAUGCGGCACUCACCGGGUGAAAGUCACACCGGCCUGUCACCAAACUUUCAGCCCAUGGUCGGACUCCUUGUUUCUGUGGGCAGGAGUACCCCUGGAACAGUUUCUGGCAGUACGUCUUGCAGUGAGCCUCCUAAAAAAGCACCUACAGGGCAAAGACGUGCUGGUCCGGAUAGACAACACUGUGGCCAUUGUGUACAUCAACCAUCAGGGUGGUCUAUACUCCCGUCGCAUGUUGCAACUCACCCUCCAUCUCCUCUUCUGGAGUCAGAAGCAUCUGAGAUCACUUCGUGCAAUUCACAUUCCUGGCACACUCAACCAUGUGGCCGACUAGCUAUCAUGAGCUGUGUUCCCAGGAAAACGGAGACUCCAUCCCCAGGCUGUCCGGCUGAUUUGGCAUCAUUUUGGAGCUUCACAGGUAGACUUUUUAGACCAUUUGUUUUAUUCCCUGACCAGUGGAACACUCGGCACUGAUGCACUGGCACACAGCUGGCCCCGGGGUCUACACAAAUAUGCGUUUCCCUCAGUGAGCCUUCUCGCACAGACACUGUGCAAGGUCAGGGAGGACGAGGAGCAGGUCUUGCUAGUUGCACCCUAUUAGCCCAACCGGACCUGGUUCCCAGAACUAAUGCUCCUUGCGACAUCCCCUCCUUGGCCGGAGGAUAUGCUUUCUCAGAGACGGGGCACCCUGUGGCACCCACGCCCAGACCUCUGGAAACUCCAUGUCUGGCCCCUGAAUGGGACGGAGAGGUUCUAGGUGACUUACCCCAAGAGAUACUUAACAACAUCACUUCAGCACGCAAACAGAUUGGUAACUCUAGCGAGAUCUCAAUUCGUCUGCUCUCACGAGACGUCUCUGUUCCCUCCUUCAGGGACUGAGGGUUACAUACGUAACCGUUUUUGUGUAACAAUAUAGUUACAAAAAUGAAAAUUAGACAAGUACAUGAUAUGAACAACCACAGCGCUAAACAUAGUUAUUGAGUGUGAGUCACAAUCAUGUAAGUGUAAAUCAUACUGCAUUUAGAAAAAGCCCACUCAAGAGAAUACCAUACACUAUUGAAGCCUCUGAUCAGUUUUCUUACGCUUUCUUGAACAUUCGAUGUUGUCAGUAUGUUCUUAAGUCAUUUAAAUAGAUCAGUAUCGGCUGUAAAAAAUCUGAUUGGAGCAUCUCAGAGUCUAGUGAGACACUGAGCACUGAGGAAAAUGAACCAGAACAAUAUUCCUGAACAGUUAGAGAACAAACACAAGGAUGGUAAUAAAGAGAAUUAUCAUUAAUUUUAAAGCUCUAAUGUCAUGAAAUCUCUUUAAGAAGCUUAUAUACAUGCCUUUGUCUCUAUUUCAGUGCAGAUGAGCAGUAACACUGACACUGGAGACAGUGUUGAUGUAACAGCUGACACAGGUGCAAGUGUAAAUGCUCCUGUACUCACUAGAAACACUAUCAGGGGCCCAGUAAACAUCAACUACAGCUGAACCCUGCAGUACACAAUACA